AUGUGGAGCUCGGGGCCAGUGCAGGGUGUGCUGAAAGCCCUGAAGCACGCCGCGGGGAAGGGGCACAUCCAGCUGAGCCGCUGGCUCCAGAGGACCCCGGACUCGCUUGACUGCGACAAGAUCGACAUCUUGAUCUGUAACGUGUUUGACGAGAGAGCGAACGGAGGCAAAACAGAUGCGGACCCCGCGGGCUUGACCGAGCCCGCCUCGUCCUUCACCCCCGAAUUCAGACACCCGUGUUGCAUUACCACCUGUUGCUUUAAAAGUGCCCUGCUGGCAUGCGUCCUGACCGCCGUGUGCUUCUCGUCAGUGGCUCUAGUGCGCCAGUACCUGAAGGAUGUGCUGCUGUGGGUGGAGAGUUUGGACAGUCUCGUGGGGGCCAUGCUCUUCAUUGUGGGCUUGAUCACCGUCUCUUUCCCCUGCGGAUGGGGGUAUAUUGUGCUCAACGUGGCCGCGGGAUAUUUAUAUGGGUUUGUGUUGGGCAUGGGACUGGUGAUGGUCGGAGUACUGAUCGGGACUUUUAUUGCACAUGUGGUGUGCAAGCGGUUGCUGACGAACUGGGUUUUGAGUAAGAUAGGGAGCAGUGAGCAGCUGAGUGCUGUUAUCCGGGUGGUGGAGGGUGGAAGUGGACUCAAAGUUGUGGCCUUGGCGAGACUCACGCCGAUCCCUUUCGGUCUGCAGAACGCGGUCUUCUCGGUAAGUAUCACAGACGUGUCCUUGCCAAAUUAUUUAGUGGCUUCCUCCGUGGGACUUCUCCCAACACAACUCCUUAACUCCUAUCUGGGCACCACUCUGCGUACAAUGGAGGAUGUGAUCGCAGAACAGAGCAUCAGCGGAUACUUCGUGUUUAGUCUACAGAUCUUCAUCAGCAUCGGCCUGAUGUUUUACGUUGUACAUCGAGCACAAGUAGAACUGAACGCUGCCAUUGCCGCCUGCCAGAUGGAGAUGAAAACGUCAUACAUGAACGGCAGUGCGGCGAACCACGGCGGAUCCACAUACUGCAGCAAACGGACUGCGGCUACAGGAGGAGGAAUCAACGUGGUCUGA